CUGGAUGAGGAGGGAGGAACGAGAUAGACAGGAGGAGAGAGAAAGACAGGAGAGAGAGAGGCGGAGGAAGAAAAAGGACAGAGUUUUCUCUCUACAGGAGUGUGAAAAAAAAGAGGAUGGAAAAAGUGAAGGAGAGAAGGCGGACAAAGAGAAGACAGAGAGAAAUGAAUCAGUUCCAAAGAAGAGCCUCAUUUCAAACCUGAUAAUGUGGUACCUGGAACACCAGAAGGAGCAAAUCAUCAAGGCCAUCUCCAGGACCAAUGAGAAGGAGGUGACCAUUGAUGUUGGUGAUGACACUCCUGAAGUAAAGGAGAUACGAUCAUGGAGGCAACAGGCUAAGAGGAGGAAGAUGCUGAAGAAACAACAAACAAUGGAGGACAGAUUAAGAUACAAGAGGGAGAAGGGCAAACAUCAAGAACAAGGGCAUGUGGAAGAUGAAAAGAAAGUGGGAACGUUUUUAAAAACAGUUAAAUGCGUUCCUUAAUGGGUAUGGUGAUUUAAACAUGACUGUUCUGUAAAGCACAAAUUAUUCUUUAUCGGCAUUGCUGCAAGGAUCCGCAGGAAAUAAAUUUAAUGUCAAAAUGUUAGGCAGAUUAUGUGCUAGUAAACUUCUGCACAAAUCCAACUAUGCAGACAUGUAAUAUAAACGUCUGCUGUCUGUCAGUUUGGAAAUCAGUAUACAGUAUAACAGUGGUGUUUGUUUGGCCAUAUUGAUUCCUAUAAUAAAAUGUGAUUUGAUUGAA